AUGGAUAUGUGGAUUCAUACGAGCUACAGCGAUAACGAUACAUGGCCUAAGGUUGGUGUAACCAGCUCAGAUAUGAAGCUAUCCAAUGGAUACCGACUUGGUCUCCUUCGCUUGGAACGCGAUCUCAUGGAUAGGACACUCGGCCUCGUCACUGCAAACAAUGAUGACCCCGUAUGGAACCCAUCGAACUCUACUCCGCAGAUAGAGUUCUGCAUCGGCGACUACGAACGGUACCAGGAUGAUAUCAUACUUGACCCUUACAAGCUACCACUGCCAGAUGUUUCUGCAUUCGCUUGCUUCAAGUCGACGUCCGAUAUCACUCGUGUUGACGAAAUUGAUCGACUUGGACUGGUGAACGGGACAAUAUCCCACUGCAAACUGAGCUAUUGUGCGAAGCGAUACUCCAGUACCACCGUACGAAAUACGAUCGUGAGCUACGACUCAGUGGAGGAAUGGCCACUGCACGCGAUUGGCGACCCGUAUAAGGCAGGAUCAGGAUAUGACCAGGCGUUCCGCGCAGAAGGCCUGAACGAGACAUUCUACAUCGGCAAUCAUUCGACCCUUUGGCUCGGCUCUGCCACGUCGAGGAUUCUCAAAUCCACCACACUGAGCACGUACUUUGUGCCAUACCACGAGCGUCACACAUGGCCUGAAUCCUUCCGAGGCUUCGCAGAAGUAGGUAGCAAAGUCAUACAAGGUCCCGGCAACUCCGCAGCUAUCAACAACACCAGUGAAGCUUACGGACCGGAGAUCUUCGUCGACGUGAGAUGGGCCUGGCUUGCGUAUCCGCUGGCGCUUCUCGUUUACUCCGCGCUUUUUCUUUCUCUGACGGCGCUGGGUAGCAGAAGAAGAACGUAUCUUUUCAAGAACUCGAUACUGGCUGUACUCGUUCAUGGGCUGGAAGGCUGGGACGCGGCAGAUUGCCCUGAGCUGCUUACCGUAGCGAAGGAGCGGAAUACUGACCUGAAACGAGCUCUAGGACCGGUAAAGGCGUCUUUCGGUGAGAAUGACUAUGGUCUGCUGAAGCUCAAGCGUGAUUAG